UAAGCAUAUGCAUGUUUAUAUCAACAACAAUCUCCUUAAUUUCCAUAUACAACAGUUUGUGUACGUGAGAGUUAAAAAACUAUUAGUAUGGCUUCAAAAGCUUUAGUUUUAGUGUGCAUUUUAGCUGUUGUUUUUGUGAUAGCUUAUGCUGAGGAAUCAGCCAGUGAAAAAACUACUACUGUUCACUCUAAUGAAGCUGAGAAAAAUGUUGACAACAAGGUGAAUGGCAUAGAAGAUGCCAAGUACGGUGGAUACCCUGGUGGAGGGUACUCUGGCCGUGGCGGAUAUCCUGGUGGUGGAUACCCCGGCCGUGGAGGAUACCCUGGUGGUGGGUACCCCGGCCGUGGCGGAUAUCCUGGUGGCCAUGGCAACAACUGCCGUUUUGGUUGUUGUGGUCGUAAAGACUACUAUGGUAACUGCCAAAGGUGCUGCCCUCAUGCUGUCUAGGACGUACGUUCGUUUUUAAGUUGAAGCCCAACAACUACAACUUAAGCAUGCACGUAUUGAUGGAUAUUAUACUGCCUAUGAAGUUUUUGUGUCAAAUAAAGAGCUUGAGCUUGCUACAUAGAUUAGUUAUUUUAUGUAGACUAGGCUUAUUGAGCUAUUGUUCAAAUCAGUAAUUGUGUGUUUGUCUAUUAUAUAUGUCUAAGAGAGGUUGUUCAUAAUGUCAACCCAAAACUAUAUUCUAUCAAAGAUGUGAUUUUAAUUUUGCUUAAA